UGAAUGGCCUGUUGCUCGAUAUUGAUACGAAGCCUGCAUGCAAGUCCAUAUCGAGGUUGAUCAGCUCCCGAAUCGAGGUUAUGGUCAGCUAGGCUCCAUGAGCAGGUCCGCUGCUUCGAGAACAGACACCAGGGGGCUCGACGAUGUUGACAGUUCGGCUCCGUCGUCCACGGCCCAAGACUCCAUGUCGGAGUCCAGGUGGGAAGCCAGACAUUCGAGAUGAGUACCAAGCAUCGCCAAGCCCGCCACGCUUCCUUGUUGCGAACAGCUGGAUAUGCUGGAUCAUCCAUCAACAUGGCGUCAAACCCCUAAGAACUACGGCCUGCAUCCCUCCUCGCCUCACCACAGACGUGCCAACCCGUUUCCUCCACCGCUAUCCACCCCAGUUUGCUUCUUUACCCGCCUCGACUCGUCAUCCCUCCCGGGCUUCAAUUUCCAAGUCUCCAGUCAAUCGGGUAUCGGCUCACACUGGAACUCGUCCAGGCCCGGCCUGCAUUUGCCCAGUCAGCCAGUCAGCCGAGGGUCACUCGCUGCUGCAGUGCAGCCAGCCAAGCACUGCCUUGCCGCCAGUACCAGUCAACAGCCAGCACUGACCACCCACCUCCCUUUUCCAACGCUCAGACGAACUGCCAUCCCGUCAUUCUCAAUCUCAUUUCUGCUCCUCACUGCCACUUAUGCUUACUGAAAGCCUGGCUUAGAGUUUGCUAUCUGACCCAAUAUGAUGU